CUUCCCUGGUUCACUUAUUUUCUUUCAGUUAGGCAAAAGCAAGGAAGCAACACGCACGAGAGGAACGGACAUAUUAGGGUGAGAAUUUGGGGAUGAUUUAGGAAAGGGAGAAAAGAAGAAAAAAAAAUCAGAAAAAGAUAUAAUAACGGAAGUGAAUAAGUGAGGCAUUUGGAAUAACUCUCCCGUCGAAGAGAUAACAUUUUUGAAGAAUAAAAGGCCGCAAGAAGCUACCAUGGAGGAAACAGUCAACGGAGGGAGCCAACACGACGAGCCAAGGGGGACCAACGGCCAAGUGGGCGACCCCGGCAGCAGUGAGACCGAUGCCGGGGGUCUUGGGCGGACGGGUGUGGACGGCAUGCCUCUAGGCUUCGCGAGAAUGUCAGCAGAGCGUGACGCCGUGCGCUACAACAUGAGCCACAAGCAGCGUGGCCACUGCGCCAUCUUCAACCACCGCCACUUCGACGAGCACACAGGCCUUGGGGAGAGGAAUGGCACAGACCGCGACCGUGACCAGGCACAGGCGCUCUUCACUAACCUUGGGUUCCAAGUGACUGUCCACAACAACCUCAGGGUGUAUGAGAUCAAGGAGAAACUCCAGGAUCUCGCUUUCGACGUAAACCACUCGGAAUGCGAUGCGCUGGUCGUGGUGUUCAUGUCGCACGGGGAGAAGGACGUUCUUUGGGGGCGUGACGGCACCUUUAAUCCCGAUUACCUGUUUGAGAAUUUCAAAGCUGACCAGUGCCCUACCCUCGCAGGAAAGCCGAAGCUCUUCUUCAUCCAGGCAUGCCGCGGUGAGAAACUGGACGCAGGCACGACCCUCAAGCAGGACGACAUCGACGCCGGCUCCCAGGCCUAUUAUAAGAUCCCCAACGCGGCCGACUUCCUGGAGUGUUGGUCCACUGUACCUGGUCACUACUCUUGGCGCAACCCCGCCAAUGGCUCGUGGUUCAUUCAGUCGCUGGUGAAGGUGCUGACCCAAGACAGUGCGCAUGACGACUUACUCUCCAUGAUGACCAGCGUGAACCGGAACUUGAUUCUGAACUUCGAAUCCUUCUGCCCAUAUGAACAGGUCAUGCAUAGGAAAAAACAAGCUGCUUACAUUGUCUCAACCCUGAUGCGAAAGGUUUACUUUACCCCAAAGUAUUGACUGGUCCCCGAGCAUAGGGAAGGAGGAGGCAGGUCUGACGCUAUGCUCAGGGACGUAAUAGAAGAGGCCCCAAUAGCCAGAGCUGAGGAGGUGCAGGAACAAGAGCUGGGAGGUGCACUUGUGGCCCCCAAUACCAGGAAGAUGUCUAUGAUUAGUAAUUCAUAUGUGCGUGUGUGUUCUUUUAUCACAUUCAUUGUACAGAUUUGAGAUUUCUCAAUCCCUUUCUGUUGUUCUGUACGAGCAAAUCCCAACCUUAACAGAGAAGAUAACGCCCUCUAGUAAUAAGAAUGUAGCCUUGACCUUUUCUGACAUGGGAUUUGCCUCGUCUGUGCAUGACUGCUUGUUGUUUUUUUGUGUAUGUGUGUGCGUGUGUGUGUGUGUGAGAGAGAGAGAGAGAGAGAGAGAGAGAGAGAGAGAGAGAGAGAGAGACCUGGCACUGGAGUUCUUAAUAUUAUCGAAUUUUGUGGAUUUUAGGUCGCAAAUAUGCGAACUUUGAGGCGGUAAGACGGAAUCUUUGUUUUUUAUUUCUUCAUAAGGAUAUGUGCUCAUCUUUGCGCGUUUUAGUACGUUUUAAGAUCUCAUCCGCAUUAUAACUUUUGCGGUUUUCUAGUUGUGUAUAAUUUUAUCUCUUCAAGUUUUAUUUGUCUGAGUUUUCUUGAACGUUUAAUGUUACUUUUACUGUUACCAUUCUUGGAAUAUUUAGUGGUAUUUUCAUGUUUUUCGACGAAUAUAUGUAAUUAAGAUGAUCUUUCUCGUUUUAAUCCUAAAGUUCAUAUUAAGACGUGAUAUACCUUGAUUUAAAAAAAUUACAGUAAAACAUAGAUAUGACUUGUCGAUAAGUUAUGAUAAUAAACCAAAGAUGGAAAAUUGAGAUGACAUGAAGACUGACGCUAUUUCUGUGGGAUAUUAAAUUUUACAGUAAGAUUGGCCCGGAGGAAGAGUAAGAGGAAUGACAAAAGUUUUAGGAUUAAAAAACGAAAACAUGAAAGGUCCAAAACCAUAAGUGAAUAAAAUCUUAAGGGAAAAGUGCCCAGCGAUGAAGAAUUCUCUUCGUGUAAAAAUCGUCAGUGAUUCUUUUUAUUCUUAUGUUGGAAUAUUGUAAGUUGAAGCCCCAUAAAUCUAGACCUACCAUCAGAUUACCAUGUCUUUCAUUGAUGGCACUUGUACAUUGGUGACUUUUUAAAUGUGAUUUUUGUUGUAGUGAAGAGAUUCAACUGUCUGUCCUGCAUGUGUAUUAAUGAUAUGAUUUCAUAUAGAAAACAAUGCUCAAAUCUCCACCUAAUAAUGAGAUUUCAUAGGAUCACGUUUUGUCAUUUCGUCUCGUAAACUGAGAGUUCAAAGUGCCGAGCCCAUUGUCUUUCGGGGUUUAGUUUUAGCUGGGACUCUGUGGAUCAGGAGUCCUUGCCCGACUCGCAUACAGGAGAUACAACCCUUAAGGAUAUAUUUUCCCUACUAUUUGUAACAGGUACAGCUCCUUCUGUGUCUAUAUGUGCAGUAGUAAAGAGCAAGUCAUUUGAGUCCUGCACUGCUGCAUCUUUUGGAAAUAAACCUGACUUGUUUUCAGCCAGAAAUGGAGAGGAAAGUAAAGAACAGUCUGCCAGUAUUCUUUUUUUAAUGUGCACUAGUGUUGGAAUAAGGCUCAAACUAAUGCUUGCCUGUUCCAGCAUUGUAUUUCUCAGGUUCCUAAAGCACUUCUUCAAGGGGUUAAGGCACUGAAUAUAUUUAAAUUUCCUGCAGUGUUAAAUGAUUGGAAUAACAUGUUUUUUUUCUUCUUCUUCUUCUUCUUCUUUCCUCUGGCAAUUUUGUUGUAGAAACGGAAUUAGGAUUUGUUAUAAAAAAAAGAUGUCAGUUUAUGUUGGAGAUAUAACAAAGAAAUCAAAUACAUGUAUCUAAGAUGAAAACUUAUUUACUUAAGUUGGAUGGAUAUCGUUGUUAGCAUUUUGUUACUAUUUAUGUAAUUUGGGAAUGGAUACAAUUUUUCAAAAGAUCAGGGUAUCUGACGAGAAGAUCUGUGUAAAGUGUAGUUUGAAAGAGAAAGUGAUUUGCAAGUGAAAUGAAUAAAUUUUUUGAUGAU